UAGCCUAGAUGUUUCAAAUUUCAAUAUAUUAAUUACUUUGUGCUCCAGUUUAUCAUAUGAAGCACUUUCAUCUCCUUCCCGUCUUUGCUUUACUCUGUGUUUUUAUCAGAGGGAGUAAUGCUAUUCUACCAGCGGAGCUGUAUUGGGAAUCUAUGCUACCAAAUACUCCAUUGCCAAAUGCUUUACAAGAACUUUUAGAGCCUGCAGAAGCAGCAGGAAACAGAAGUUCCUUUUCAGAAUCAGAAUUGCAAAUUGGUAAUAUAGGUGGUAUCAGAGCAACCUAUGGAGUUGGGUAUUGGUCCGAAUCGAAAAAUUUCAAGAAAAAUGAGACUUUCAACACAACUACUAUAUACUUCUUGAAUAAGGAUCUUGUUGCUGGCAAAAGGAUGAACAUUGUUUUUACAAAAUCUACAAAUGGUUCUAAUUUCUUACCACAUGAAAUUGCAAAAAUUAUACCCUUUUCCAGCAAAAGAUUACUUGAAAUUCUGAAGCAUUUUUCAAUAAAACCCAUGUCAAAAGAAGCUGAAAUAAUGAAGCAAACGAUCAAAGAAUGUGAGGCACCGGGGAUUACAGGAGAAGACAAGUAUUGUGCUAUAUCUUUAGAGUCAUUGGUAGAUUAUGUCAUUGCAAAAUUUGGAAAAAAUAUUGAGGUAUUUACUAAUGAAGCAAAAGAAGAGAAUGUAAAACAAGAGUAUACUAUUUUAAAAGGAAUCAGAAUGAUGGGUGAAAAGCAAAUUGUCUGCCAUAAGGAGAGAUACGCAUAUGCUGUUUUUUACUGCCAUAGAAUUAUGAAUACAAAUGUUUAUAUGAUUCCUUUGGUGGGUGCUGAUGGCUCGAAAGCUAAAGCACUAGUUGUUUGCCACUUAGAUACAUCAGCUUGGAACCCAAAGCAUUUUGCCUUUCAUGUCCUCCAUGUUAAACCAGGAGGUCCACCGGUUUGUCAUUUCCUUAAUAGUGAUACUAUUGUUUGGGUUCCAAACUAAAACAAAAGAUUCUUCAUUUCUGUUAGCCAUAAAAAAUUGUAGCUAUUUAGUGAAACAUUUUGUACAACAAUGGCAUCAACUUGAGUGGAUGUUGUUGAGCUUUUCUUUCAACUUUCAAGUUUGGCAUUUGCAUGAUUAUAAUAAGUAGAUUUUCUUUUUCUAA